AUGAGCAACACACGAUUGCAACUGAUAUUGCCCGACCCGAGUCCGCGCCCCCGCAAGGAUCUCUCGGAUUUCCCAAGCAGCCUCGGUCUAAACCAUCAACAGCAGCAGUUGCAGCAGGGCGGUAAAAUGGGACACGAGGAAAUCGUCGACAAGGCUCGACUCCCAAUGAUCAAGUCGAGCCAAUCGGACGAUGCUGCGGCCGAUAACAAGAACCAACAGAGCUCGCCCAGAAUACUGGUUGCGACUCCGGAGCAGGUGAUGAAAAUGUACAUGCACAAGCUCACAGUGUAUGAGCAUAUCGAGAUUUUCAACUAUGCCCAAAUCUACUUCAUCGGAGCCAACGCCAAAAAGCGUCAGCCCACAGCGAGCUUGGGUCAAAACUGCGGCUACGACGAUGAGCAGGGCUCGUACGUGCACGUAACGCACGACCAUAUCGCCUACCGUUACGAAAUGCUCAAAGUCAUCGGAAAAGGCAGCUUCGGACAGGUUGUCAAGGCGUUCGAUCACAAAACCCAUACCCAUGUAGCUUUAAAAAUGGUUCGAAACGAGCGUCGCUUCCAUCGGCAGGCGCAGGAAGAAAUCAAAAUUCUCGAUCAUCUCCGGAAGCAGGAUAAGGAUAACACGAUGAACAUCAUUCACAUGUACGAGCACUUCACGUUCAGGAACCACAUGUGUAUAACGUUCGAGCUGCUCUCAAUCAAUUUGUAUGAACUCAUCAAGAAGAACAAGUUCGGCGGAUUCUCGUUGCAAUUGGUUCGCAAGUUCGCGCACUCGUUGCUACAGUGUCUCGACGCCUUGCAUCGUAAUAGAAUAAUUCAUUGUGAUCUGAAGCCGGAGAACAUUCUGCUGAAGCAACAGGGCCGAUCCGGUAUAAAAGUCAUCGACUUCGGCUCUUCCUGUUACGAGCACCAGCGGGUCUACACAUACAUCCAGUCAAGAUUCUACAGAGCUCCCGAAGUUAUCCUUGGAUCCAAGUACGGAAUGCCAAUCGACAUGUGGAGCCUAGGAUGCAUUCUGGCCGAGCUUCACACCGGCUAUCCCUUACUGCCGGGCGAAGACGAAGGCGACCAGCUGGCGUGUACGAUGGAACUCCUCGGGAAGCCGCCGCAGAAGCUCCUCGACCUAUCGAAAAGAGCCAAGAACUUCUACUCUCAGAAAGGCUGCCCUCGCUACUGCACCGUGACGCCACUGCCAAAUGGGGACUACCUGUUGGGUGGUGGAAGAUCGCGAAGAGGAAAACUCCGAGGUCCACCUGGAAGCCUCAAAAUGACGACCGCCUUGAAAGGCAGUGACGACCCCUUGUUCAUUGAUUUCAUUAAACGCUGCCUCGAAUGGGACCCCGCGGUCCGAAUGACGCCCAGUGCGGCAUUGAGACACGCGUGGCUUAGGCGGAAGCUGCCUCGAACGCCGCAAACGCAAACCAGUAAUUCUACGUCUGCUAGCGUGACGGGUAGCAACGUUGUUUCGGCUUCUACUACGACCUCGGGUACGAUCGUUCCUGGUGGAGGUGGCGGUGGACUAGGACUUCAUCGAGCGGAUGACCAAGGAACAGUUCGCUAUAAAAGUACCUCGAACGGCAUUCCCCCGAUCGUAAUCUCGGCGGGGGAAACCCAAGUUCCCAAAGCUCCCGUCCUGAGAUAG